UUUCAGUACGGAAGACGAUAUAGAAUCAGAUUAAACCUUUGUAGAUAUUAACUGUUGUCUUGUGAGAGUAGCUUCAAUAACUCGGGUUUUCUUUGUUGGAUCUUCUUUUAAAAUAUCAAACAUUUAAAUUCAAACAUUAAUAUUACAACUGUGUGGGGUUUUGCGACUUGAAAAUAUUGACGCAGAUCUGAUGGAUAAGUCUGCGAUGGGUAGAUUAUUUAGAAUUUUGAUCUGGACUUUCUUGCUUGCAUCAAUGUAUGGACAGGUGUUGUUUGAUGACAUGGGAGAUCGACAGAGGUCUGCAGACUUGGCGUUAUACUUCAUGAGAACCGAAUUUCAGCAAUUUAGUCAAAAUAUUGAAAGAAUGGUGAUGAAAAAAAUUGAGAGAGUCGCAAACAUCAUCGAGGUAAAGAUCAGCAAAAUGGAAACAAAAAACAAUGAGUGUUUCACUACGAUACACAAAGAACAACGACUAUUAAGUCAGAAAAUUGAGUAUCUUGUGACCAAUUUGUCUACGAAUUUUGAGAAAAUCAAUGAUCAAAUGACCACAAUUCACACUGAGCAUCGACUCUUUAGGCCGAAAAUGAUUUCUGUUGCAACCAAAGUCGAUACUUUGUUAUACAAUUGUAAAAAAAAUAAUUUGGAGGAAAGAGAGAAUGUCCUUAACGACAUGAGAAAUGGUUCCGACUGUGCUAACAUUUUGGAAAAUUAUCCAGACACCAGAUUGAGGGAUGGUGUGUAUAAUAUCAUGGUUUCAAAUAAAACAAAGGCUGUGUACUGUGAUAUGACCACUGACAAUGGAGGAUGGACGGUAAUUCAGCGGAGAGUAAAUGGAUCGGUGGACUUUAACCGUAACUGGGCAGAUUACAAGAACGGAUUUGGAUUUGCUGAACACGAGCAUUGGAUAGGAAAUGACAUGCUUCACAUGCUGACGUCACUGAAGCCCCAGGAACUGCGAGUUGACAUGGAGAGAUUUAAUGGAGAGAAGGCCUAUGCUGUUUACUCUAAUUUUUCUGUCGGGGACGAGGCCAGUAAAUAUCAGCUUCAGGUGAAUGGAUACAGUGGGACUGCAGGGGAUGGUCUGAAUUACAACACUAACAUGAAGUUUUCUACACGAGACCAGGAUAAUGAUGAGUGUGACUGUGACUGUGCCAAUGAAAGGAGAUCGGCAUGGUGGUUCGAUUACUGUGCCUACACCAACCCUAAUGGACUGUACACAGACUCUGAGAAAACUGGUAGUACCUACUACAUUAUGUGGUCCAAAUGGAGAAACUCGUACAUGUCUCUAAAAACGAUGCAGUUGAUGAUUCGUCCUCGAGCCUGACAUCAUGAUUUAACGUUCACAUGUUUAUAAAGCCAUUAACUAUAUAUAUAGUGGCUUUAUUCCUCCAUAUGCAAGAUAAAUUAUGUUAAUUAUGUCAGCAUGUAAGAAAAUUAUGUCUUCAUCCAAGAUAAUUAUGUCUACAUGCAAGAUAACUAUGUUGACAAAUCAUUUAAGAUAAUCUAAUAAUAAUAAUGGUAAAAUCAAUCACUAAUGCUGGUAUGUGACAUCAUAGAUAAGGAUGCAACAUAAUUUUGCAACAUGCGACUUAUUAGUGUUGACAUGGAAGAUGAUUAUCUAGAUAUACAACAUAUUUAUGUCGACAUGCGACUUAUUUAUUUCAGCUGACGACUUAUUUAACAUGCAAGAUAUUUAUUUUGACGUGCGAGAUAAUUAUAGUGACAUGCCACUUAUUUAUGUCAACAUGGUAGUUAAUAAUGUUAACAUGAAAGAUAUCCAUGUCAACAUGCAAGUUAUCUCGCAUGUUGUUAUAAAUAACUUGCAUGUAAACAUAAUUAUCCCAGAUGUUGACAUAAAUAUCACCCAUGUAACAUAAUUAACUCACAUUUGGACAUAAAUAUGUACCAUGCCAACAUAAUUAUCUUCCAAGUUGACAUAAAUAUCUUAUGUUACAAAAGGUUCAAAAUGGUGAUACAUCUUUAUUCCAUUUACUUACAUAUACAUUAUUAUUUAAUAUAUCAUUUAAGAGUUUGUAGUUAAAUUCUGCUAUUCUUUUCUCAUACAUACUCUUUAUUUUGUACACAUAUAUACAUUUUUCCAUAUAUAUAUAAUCAUUCCUCAGUGUUGAAUAUUCGCUUCCAUUUAUUUUCUUGAACCGAUUUUUGAAAUUUAUAUCAAUGAAUAUUGAGUAGUAAAAAUUGUUUUUGUAGAUCUUCUUUGUUAUAGAUGUUGUAACAUGAUUUUUAAAAAUAACAUGUACAUCAUGCAUGUUGACGUAAUUUAUCUGGCUUGUAGGGGCAAAAAUAUAUCGCCAUAAUAAACAACUAUAUCUCUUUCUCUCUGUCUCUGUCCGUCUCUCUUUCCCUCCCAAUCUCUCUCUUUUUCUGUGUUUAUUUGUUUACUUUUAUGUUUAUCGCAAAUCUAGUUUAAACAUAUUUUGUCGAAUAAAUUCAAUAAGGAUUGGACACUGGGAUAGCCUAUCCCUGUAUAAGCAGAUUAUAAGUACAGAUGUACUGUACUUAGUAUGUUUACAUCAUAACAUUCACACGUGUUGUAGUUGAUUAACAGAAACUUUUCCAGAGAUAUGAUCAAUCAUACCAAAAUGUGUUCACUAUAAAAAAGUAAACAACAGUAAAUAUAUUAACCUUUAAUCAACUGUUCAAGCUUGUUGUUAAUAAUUCAUUAGAUGUAUAUUCUGCUCCACUUAUCAAAUUCGAACAUAUUGUAGCGUUAAAUCAUUAAGUUCCCUGUUCAUUGACAAUAUUGGGUUCUGUUAUAUCAUCAUGCAUGUUUACAGCUGUUUAAGCUUAAAAUGUAUAACUUGGUCUGUCUUUUCUUUUAGUUUUAAUAAUAUUUUGCUCUAUUUAACAAGGAUUAUAAUAUCAUAGAAAACCUAAGGAGUAUUUUGCAUCACUUUUUAUUUUGUACAAAAGUUUAAACACUGUAAUGACACUUCUAGUACAUUAUGCAGUUUGAAAACGAAAGUAAUAUUAAUUAUAAUCUGUGUAUCUACACAUUAAUAAAAGUCAAUAAUUCCUUAUACAAUUACUGAACAUUUUUUACAAACGAAUACAAACGAACAUUACUUAGAAUGACUUGUAAAUACUAGCCAAUCUUUCCAUGCUAUUUGUUUUCGGAUUCAAAUAUUAAGUCAUUGCAUAUCACAUUAUUUUUUUUUUAAUGAUAAUUCUUAGGCGAUUUUAAAAUGUUUAGGUUUUGUAUGAUUUAAUUCUUGUAGCCAUCAACUGAAUUUAAUUUAUUUCACCAUAUUUUAUAUAUCUGUUUUAGAUAAUCUAAGACCUAGUAUAAAUAAUAUCUGCUUAUGCUGUAAAAAUCUUUAUUUUCAAUUAAACAUAUUAACUAAAUUUUAAUCCUGACAUAUUUUCAUUAUUUUCACAAGUUCACAUCUAUUAAAUAAAAUAUUAAAUGAUAGAUGCAAGCAACAUUGAGAUUAAAAAUUUGGUUUCAAUCCAGGUUUUUCAAUAAUUGAUUACAUAAGCGGUUAGUGUAUACGGUAAAGGCUUUAUGUCAUGUAACCAAAACGCGGACGCUUUGCAGAGACUCUACCUAUGAUGAAUCGAAGUAUUGAAAGUACUAAAUGCUAGACUUGUUUGAUGUGUGCCUAUUUUAAAACUGGGUGACAUAUUAUCUCUAUUUUAAACUAUCUUAGCGAUUGUACUGUUAAACAAAGCAAGCGUUUUAUUGAAUUUUGAGUUGAGUAGGGAAACGACAAAUCUAAUGACAACAAUUAAAUCUUUUACUGGAUCAGCACUUUGAAAGAAAAAACAUAUCGACAAAGUGAACAUGUCAGUACAUUACAGACGUUUCAAAACAUAUAAUCUUGACAUUUUUCAUAUUAGUGGAUGAAUGUAGUUUGAGCACAAAGGUAUUUAUGAUUAUUGCAAUAUCAAGCGAAAAGUGGUGGAAGCAAAAACUCGGGACAGAGU